AUGAGCUCGUCGUAUUACCAGUAUUAUCAACCCGACUUCCAGAGCCCUAACCCUAAUCCCGGCCCCAACCCCAACGUCCCCGUGGAUUCUCAGUUUAUUCCUACCCCGACAAUCCCCUCCUACGCCUACGCCUCUGCCCCGCCGGUUUCCUCCAAUUAUUCGCCCUCCGCCGAUUUCUCCGCCAGUAAUUAUUCCUCCUCCACUUACCCUCCCCAUUCCCGGAGUUCUGAUCCUGCCCCUUCUUAUUCUAUAAGCCCUAGCCCUGCCGCCUCUCAGCCCUCCAAUCUACCUUCCUACUCUUUCCCUCAUCUGGAAACUUCCUAUUAUCCGUACGAUCAGAAUCCUGGAGCUGCUGCUGCAUCUGCUGCUGUUAGUUACGAUUAUCCCAAUUCAAAUCCUAGUUAUAGCCCGUCGUAUCCUUAUUCAUCGGCCUCUUAUGAUGGUUCUUCGCAGAAUUACGACAAUUCAUUCGGGAAUAAUGUUAGUCAUGGGGGAUAUGGUGAUCAGGGGAUGUAUGAUGCUGGGGUUUAUAAAUAUAAUGGGGGAAAUUCAGAGCCCUAUGGUGCUAAAGGGACCCGGUCUCGACUCGAGAGUGGUGGAGUGCUGUUUGAUGAUUAUGGGAGGCCCAUUAAUGUUCCCGGUGGGAAGGAGCAGAAUGGGUCUGGAAGCUUUCCUAAGAUUGUGAAGGCAGCUCCAAAGCCUGAGGAGCUGCAUGAUACUAGGGGCAGCGUGCAGAAAUACCGAGUCAGGCUCUUAUCCGAAGGUGCAAGUCAGUCUGACAUGGAUGUGCUCUGCCUAGGAUCCGUAUAUAAUUAA